CAGACGCACACACACACCGACACAGACACGCACACAGACACAUAGAGCGAACCCUUUCCUUUCUGGCUGCGCGCGGAUGGUUUCGGUAGCCGUAUCCCACAGCCCGUUGCGCGCGCGAGCGAGCUGCUGCGUCUUCGUAUCUGUGGCCUCGCGCUUUUCUUCAGGAUGGCGUGAUUAACGGGUGAGACAGACCGGAGACCGGGCUCCUACUCGGACUUUAAAGGACCCCCCUCCCCCCCCUCCUCUCCAUCCUCCUCCUCUCCCCGCUCUCUCUCUCUCACUCUCACACACACCCUCCCUCUCUCUCUCCCUCCUCUUCAUGCGCCACCACCGAACGGUCCCGGGCACCGGCAGCGCGAGCUCCACCGACACCACCACCAGCUCCACCAAUGCCACUCGCUCGUGCGACUGCAGCGCGUCCCAGCAGCCGCGGGGAAUGGAGAGAUCUGAACUGGAGUUUGUUCAGAUAAUAAUCAUAAUCGUGGUGAUGACCGUCAUGGUGGUCGUGAUCAUCUGUCUGCUCAACCACUACAGACUUUCAGCCUUCUUCAGCCGCCACCGCCGGGGCGGAGCCUUGCAGCCAAGCGGAUGUUCGUGGCCCACAGACAGCCUGGUGACACAACAAGGAGCAACAGAGGUGAUGUUCGGGCAACGUAAUUUCGACCGCUUCGUACCGCCUUCGUUUAUUCAGAGGGAGCAGUCGAGCCGUUUUCAACCAACAUAUCCACAAAUGCAAACGCAAAUCGAGCUCCCGCCCACCAUCUGCCUGUCAGACGGCGAGGAGCCACCGCCAUAUAAAGGCCCUUGCACUCUCGCCCUGCGAAGCCCCGAGCAGCAACUCGAGCUGAGCCGCGCCUCCGUGCGAGCUCCACCCAAUCGCACUGUCUUUGAUAGCGACAUUAUGGAUGUUUACGGGCCCAGGCCGCCCAGCACACACUCGGGCAAGAGUGCCUCAUACUCACGCCUUCAGGGGCAAGGACCACCACCCACGUACAGCGAUGUGAUUGGUCGAUCUUACCCUAACUUCACCUCCUCAUCCUCCUCCUCCUGUUUCUUGCACCAGCACAGCAAUAACGCACCACCGUCCAAUCAGAGGAAGGCGAAGGAUGGAAGACGCGACAAACCGACUUGACUGACAGGCACAGAAUGGGAGGGGCUGUGCUUUUUGGACCGUAUUCAUAAAUAUGCGAAAGGGGGUGUGGCUUUCCUCCAAGCACUCACUCCCUUGCACAAUUUAGUAAUCCAGAAAAAUCAAGGAACCAAGCUUAAGUGAAUAUCACUUUUUGUAUACUUUUUUAUUUUAAUUAUUUUGCUAAAACUUGUGGGCCUCAUGUGGAUGUUCAGGCUUGUUGGCAAAUUCUUCGUUCCUGUUUUUGUAUGCUUUCUUUUGUUUAAGAUAAUCAACUUUUUGUUUGCAGAUUGCUCAAGAACUGCGCAGGAUAUAGGAUUUUUUUCUUUUUAAGUUUACCUUUUUUCGUUCAUGAACAAAAGUCCUUAACCAAUCAAAAUCCAAAUUUGAGUGCCAUGGUUUGUGUAAAUCUCACUGAAAUCUCAGUGAUCAUCAAAAUGCAGAGAAAAAAAUCAACAUUGCACUAACUUUGUAUUUUUUGGUCCAUAUUCUGAUUUUUAAGCAUAUUUUAGCAUCCACUUCACUUUUGUUUCUUAAAACUAGGAACUUCUGAUCCAGCCUAAAAAAAAGUCCACUACUAACCCACAAGAUGGCACUUAAAAAGGGGGUGUUGUUUAAAUUCUGUUUUUUUUUUUUCCUCAUUAAAUGUCAUUUGUCAUCCUUUCAAAAUAGCACUUUAAAACUCGCUCGCUUCAGCAUGGUCCAAAAUGCAAGGGUAUCAUGGGAAACGUAGUCUUAUGCACAUCCGCAAUGCCACGCAUGCCUUGGUGGCUAGCUGAGCUUCUACGCUUCUUUCUUUAUACACACGUCCAUUCUUUUCUUAGAACAGCCUUGAGAACCGCUUCCACAAGCACUUGUUUGGGAAAAAAAAACAAAUUGGAUAUUGAUAAAGUAUUCUAUCAAUAGCAAACUGUGUUUAAUUUUGUUCCUAUUAUGCAUAAAUGUUAGGCAACUUAUCUUAGAUCAAGUUUUAAUAUAAUAUUCAAUAAAGUAUUCAAAACACUUAAAUAGUUUUAGACUGUAACAUUACAAGACUAAUGUUCCUGUCAUGUGCUUACAACAUUUUUAAUUUCAACUACUGUAAUAUAAAAAUAAACAUUAUGAAACUGUUAGCCUCCAUUUAAACAACUAAAAAUAUUGCAGAAAUGUUGCGUACAACUUUCUUCCUAGGCACCAACCUUCUCAAAAUGUUUUGCUAACCUAAAUUCGAUCCAAUCCAUUUUUAAAGAAAUCUUGUCCACUGGCACGAACGUAUCACAAGGUGAGCAUGCUAUAGCUAUCCCAAUAAAAUGCUUAUAAGAAAGUCUUGUUCAUCAGUUAGCCAAAGACGCAAAUUUGCUCAUGUGACAUCACCACAACGUUUUAUGUUCAUUUCAACUUGAAAUCAAAACCUAGGUUAAAUUGUUCUUUUUAAUUAGACACUAUAGUAGUUUUGCUACAUUAGAUAGUACAAUUACAGCACUGCUUUUACGAGUCAGCGCAGAUGUUGCCUUUCAUGUUAGUAGUUGCUAAGAGAAGUUUGCUAACAAGAUAGCUAAUGUUUGGCUAAAUACUAUAUUAAAAUUAAAACCAGUAGCCAGAAGACAGCUGGCAUGAACGAUCUGAGAAAAAUUGCUGAAAAUGAAAAUCUUUUUAAUAUAUUUACUUUAUUAAAUUUGUAACUAAAAUCUUACAAUUGAGAAAUUUUCAUACUACCAUAGCAUCAUCCUAAACCGUUUUUAUGGCAUGAAGGCAAAGUUGGUAAAGUUGUCAAGUCAAACGAUGUUGUUUCGACUCAGUGGACAUGAAAAAGGGCGUGUUCAAAAAUCACAACAGCCGUUGUUCUACACUCAGCAUGAGUCCAUUGGCUCUUGCUUGCUGUUACACUCAUCCUCAUCCUCAUUGUAUAUGUGUGUAUAUUUGUGUGUGUGUGUGUGUGAGGUCCUGUUGCUGCUAUGCUAAUGCUAACGUUACUGCUAAUGCAAACGCUAAUGCUGCUCUGUGUUGUCUCUUGUUCACACAUAUUUCAUUUUUACAUGUCUAUUUUUGUAAUAUUUAAACUUCAUUUCUUUCUUCUCACAUGGUUUACUGUUACAUCCACAGUUCCAAACCUCAGAGUGUUGAUAAUAUUUUGACAUUUGUUGCAUGUUUCUCUGAGCAGAUUCGGUGCCUAAAAGUUGUGGUAAAGCAGAAAUAGGAACCUUUUUCACUUUGCACUCCGAACCCCAAACACAAACCCCACCCCCCUACAAAAAAAGAAAUCCUCCCCACCUUCGUUGUGCCUCACUUCCUACGGUGCUUUUUUCACAAGUCCGACUUUGUUUAUUCGUACUGUGCUGUAUAAAUAUAUAACUUGAAAAUAUUAUGCACAUAUCCUACCCAAUGGGUAGAUGAAAAAAAACCACAAGAGAACAAAUGUUAAUAUUGUAAUAUAAUGUAAAGAAGAUAUUACGAUGAGAAAUUUAACACGGCGGCAUCGGGUUUUUUUGUGAAUGCCCUACAAUUGUGCUUUUUGUCUUUUGUAAAAAAAAAAAAAAAUCAAUAUAUAAAAAAAAAUGAAACAAAAUAAAAAGAGGUAAUAAAAUAAUACUACAGUAUAGUCAAAACUUAAGUUGCAAAAAGUACUUCUUAUAUUUUUUCCUAUAUCUGCUAUGUGAUGAUUAUGAGGCGAUCGCAUACAGGACAGAACUCGCUGCUGCUUUUAUAACUUCCAGAGAAAUGAUCAUUAUUAAUGCCAGCGCUUGCCAUUUAUUUAUUUGAUUUUUUUUAUUCUUAUAAUUAUUAUUAUUUAGUGAGUGAUAGAUGUUCAGACUUUUAAAAAUAACACAGAACAGAAGAGCUGUAUCUUAUUUCACCAAACAGACACGAAUGGAGAGUUAACAAAUAAAGAUUUUGGAUCAUA